AUGACGAGUGUCGCUGCGUCUCUAUCGCAUCGUAUCCCUCGUCUCACUCCAUCCUUUCCUUCUUUUUCUUCACGCUUAGUUGGUGUGAAGAUUAACAACAACAAAAAUGGGGGCAAUUAUCCUUCACUCCUCCUCCCCUCAUUCAAAUCACAAACACGCAUGGCUUCCACCAAUCAGAGUGCUUCGACUGCCGCCGAUGUCAACAACCCCCAACUUAAUGUCUUCCAACUCAUCCAAGCUCACCAGGAAAAAGCAGCUAGGCUGCCUCCUAUAGAGGAAAUCAAGACAAUUCUCAGUUACAGUUUGCGCGGAGUCCUCUCUACUUUCUCUCUGAAGUAUGAGGGCUAUCCAUCAGGUUCGAUGGUGGACUUUGCUUGUGAUGCUUAUGGAUCUCCAAUAUUAGCAGUUAGUAGUUUGGCAGUUCAUACCAAGGACCUUUUAGCAAGUCCCCGGUGCUCAUUGCUUGUCUCAAAGGAUCCUGAAGAUAGGACAGACCUAGUUAUCGUAGUGCACGGUGAUGCCCUCCCUGUUGCUGAAAGUGAAACGGAAGCUAUUCGUAGUGCAUAUUUGGCUAGACAUCCCGAGGCUUUUUGGGUUGACUUUGGUGACUUCCAAUUUCUGCGGAUUGAACCUAAAGUUGUUAGAUAUGUGUCAGGAGUUGCAACAGCUUUAUUAGGAUCGGGAGAAUUCAGCAAGGAGGAAUUUAGAACAGCAAAAGUGGAUCCUGUGUACCAAUUCUCAAAGCCUAUAACGUCCCACAUGAAUAAAGAUCAUGCAGAUGAGACAAAGCUGAUAGUCCAGCACUCUACCUCUGUCCCGGUGGAGUUCGCAGACAUGUUGGACAUAGACAGUCUGGGUUUCAACGUGAAGGCUGGCUGUCAAGGCAACACUUUCAAGCUCCGAAUUCCUUUCACAAGGCGUGCUACAGACAGAAAGGAUGUGAAGACACUAAUAGUAGAAAUGCUUCAGGCUGCCAGAAGUCAGGCUCAGCCCCCCUCCUCUGCAGCUUGAUCGCUGCAUGGGGGGUCGGAUACAAGGUGGGAUACGCACAGAUGUAAUUUUGUCCUUCCAAACUUAUGUCUAAGUACAAAAAGUGUAAUUUUGCCCCACUUUUUUUUUAAAAAUCUUAGCUUUUCUUUUGACUCCAACUUCAUUAUAUUGUCAAUUCUUAAAUAAUUUACUCCAAUUUAACAAUUUUCAUGGUU